GCUCAAAAGCUGGCUCUGACUAGUCGCGCUUUCCACAACGAGACACUCGCGUUGUUCACGAAGUUCAUAACUGACUUUUUCGGGUAUGAUAGAGUACUCCCUAUGAACAGUGGCGUUGAAGCUGGAGAGACUGCGUGCAAGCUAAUCAGAAGAUGGGGUUAUGAAGUGAAGAAGAUUCCCAAGGACAAGGCUGUAAUCGUUUUUGCUGAGGACAACUUUUGGG